ACAUUAAGCAUACACUCUUAUCCAGAACGAUUUACAGUCGUGAGUGAAUACAAUUUCAUACUGGUUGGUCUCCGGCGAGAUUUUACGGAAUCGCAGAAAGAUCUGACGAGAACAUCAAAGCAAACGCGAAGGACAUUUGCAGGGCAAUAGUCCCGGAAGACGAGCGAAAUGUUGUUGCAGGUUCUCUGGAUGUAGUGCACCGCCUGGGUAGGCUGAGAGAUGGGGAGAACAGCCAGCCACUGCGACCAGUGAUCAUGAGAUUCACCCCCAGGACAGCGAGGGAUAUGACAUGGAAAAGUGCAAAGAAAAUGGCUAUUUAAAGAACAACAACCUGAGGUUCAAGGAGGACCUGACAGCAUUUGAUAAAGAAGCUCGGAAUCGUCUGUGGCCAACGAUUGCGAGAGCAAAGAAGGGGGGGGAGUGCAUACUUUGCGGGAGCCAAGGCUUUUGUUAAUGGAAGGGGAAUUCAAAAUCACUUAUUUAAAUAAAAUCACGUUUUAUUUGUCAAAUACUUCGUAAACAACAGGUGUAGACAAACAGUGAAAUACUUACUUCUAAAAACGUACUUUUAUUUCUCGUCACAACAAUUCAAAGAAAGAAAACAUAAAUAAUAGAAAAGGUAAACCACAUAAAAAUAAAAGUAAUAUUAAAUACACGAGUAACGACAACUUCGCUAUAUAACUAGGGUACCUGUACCAAGUCUGGGUGCUGGUCCCGUGUAGCUCAGUUGGUACGGUAUGACGUUUGUAACGCCAAUAUUGUGGGUUCAAUUCUCGAUCUCCAACACAUUGCCAGGGCUUUAAAAUAUUUAUAAUGUAAUGUUUAUUACUAUUUCUGAUUAUUUUCUUCAAAUUAACUUUAGCUUAUCUGUCUCCUGUUAUGAUAAUAUCUUAUGUUAUUUUUUUAUUCAUAAUACAUAUGUUGCGAUAUAAACACGAUCAAAUAUGAUUCAAAUAUUUACUUUGAACAGCAUUGGUUGGUUUGUAAUUAGUUAAAUAUUGUGGCAGCUGAGAGCGAGGUGUAGGGAGGAAUGGGCGGUGGAUGUGGGUGUGUUCAAGCCGAUAGUUUAAAAUCCUACAGAAAUGCGCACGGCGCUUUGGUUUGAAGAGAAUACGCCAUAUUGAUUCACCGUAGACUUCUGCUAACCGUUUUCAGUUAGCGGCUUGAAAAGGACCUGGACUACUCUUCUCAAUGGUCCUCGUUCGGUUUGGCGUUAGCACUUCUCUGUCUUUGUAACCCGGUUUACUAGCUCAUUUAUUUUGUCGGAGCAGUCGUACAUUUUAACGGUCUCAUUGACUUGCUUGAAGUGGGUUCAGAAAAAAGAAGUUGAAUGGAUCCGAGGGUGGCUUGGAUUCAGCCCGAGCAGAAAGGACCUGCAAACGCAUUUUGGAUGCAAGUCUGGGAGACUUCUCAGGUACGAGCAAACUCCGGCCAGCAUCUUCAUAAUAAUCAGAACUACAACCUGCAUUUGAAUUCUCCAGCGUUGGACGUUUAUAAACAUGUUGCGGCAAAGGGCAAUAGCAUGUGCACCAACACUGGUCUGAGCAGCAGCAGCCAUCACGGUAUUUCAAAAGGCACUACUUCUUACCACGGCACUGCGUUCUCCUCCUUCGGGGCAACGUUACCGAACGGACCCGUACAGAACUCAUUGACCCCGUCCAACGCUUACGGGGUAACGACAGAUUUGGGAGACAGUAAAAUGCCCCAAAAGACGGGAUCUCUAUCGUCCUUGUCUUCAGUGGAAUCCAUAACGGACAGCACAUCUUCAAACCGCUCUUUGGGAAAGAUUAGUGGUGGCAAUGUAACUGGAAAUAUGAAUAAAAACGCUGGCGGUGUCAAUCUGUUAUUUAACUUCAGUGAAAGCAUGCAUAAUAAUGUCAACCAAUACCACCAUCAAAGGCACCAUCAGCAUCACCCUCAGUACAAUUUCCAACAGAAUUGUGUGAAGCGUCACCCGACUCACCCGCCUGCAUCCCUAAACCACACUCACCAUCCAGGCCGAAGGAAAAGUGACAACAAGGCGAGCACCUAUGGGAUGAAUUACCUUCUUUCUAACUAUGGCAACUAUGUUAGUUCGGGGACUGGGACGCCUUGGAAGACGAGGAAAUACAGCCCCGGUGUUGAUGGUCUCCAUGAGGAGGUGGUGGACUUCUACAACUUCAUGUCUCCCCGACCGGAGGAGGCUGCUAUGAGGAAGGAGGUGGUCGACAGGAUCGAGACUGUCAUCAAGGAGCUGUGGCCUACUGCCGAUGUGCAGAUAUUUGGCAGCUUCAGCACUGGACUCUACCUACCUACAAGUGACAUAGACCUGGUGGUGUUUGGGAAGUGGGAAUGUCCCCCGUUGCAGCAGUUGGAACAGGCCCUCCGGAAACACAACGUGGCGGAACCUUUCUCCAUCAAAGUGCUGGACAAAGCUACAGUGCCAAUCAUCAAGCUGACUGACCAGGAGACUGAAGUCAAAGUGGACAUCAGCUUCAACGUGGAGACUGGAGUCAAAGCUGCUUUCUUUAUCAAGGACUACACUCGGAGGUAUCCCGUGCUGCCUUACAUGAUCUUUGUGCUAAAACAGUUUCUGCUCCAGAGAGAUCUCAAUGAGGUGUUCACCGGAGGAAUCAGCUCUUACAGCCUCAUCCUGAUGGUCAUCAGCUUCCUCCAGCUCCACCCAAGGAUUGACGCCAGCAACCCCAACAUCAACCUUGGCAUUCUGCUGAUUGAGUUCUUUGAGCUUUAUGGGCGCCAUUUUAACUACCUGAAGACAGGCAUCCGCGUCAAGAACGGAGGGGCCUACAUGGCCAAGGAGGACAUGAUGAAGGUUAUGACCAAUGGCUACAGGCCCUCCAUGCUCUGUAUAGAGGACCCACUGAUGCCAGGUAACGACGUUGGCAGGAGUUCGUACGGAGCCAUGCAAGUCCAGCAGGUUUUUGACUACGCUUACAUCGUCCUCAGUCACGCCAUGUCACCGCUAGCACGCUCCUACCCAAACAAGGACAUUGACAGCGCUUUGGGUAGGAUAAUCAAGGUGACACAGGAAGUGAUUGACUACAGGGAGUGGAUCAUGACGAAGUGGGGGGGCAGGCACCUCGCCCGUAUGGAGAGCCAGGGUUCCCUCCUGGAUCAGGACCCAGCAGGGUGUGUGUUGGGUGUAGGUGUGGAGGAGCAGAGGGACUCUGUUUCCCCUCACAGUGCAGACUCUCCCAUGUCCCUUUCCAGUCCUCACCAACACUCCUCAGCCUCCUCUGUCUCUUCACUGUCUGGGUCAGACAACGACUCUGAUUCGACACCCCCGGCGCUGCCCCUCUACCCCUUUCAGGCUUUGGGUAUGACUCUACCCCUGGGCCUGGCACUGGGCAAGGCUGGCAUCAACCAGCACCACCUCAUCAUGUCCCCUGGCUCACAGGCGUGUAUGUCUUUGCCCGGUGCCCUGACGAUGCACUCUUUACCUGGCAGACAGAACGGUCCCAAGUGUCAGAUGAAAGGUUUCCACAAUCCAGCCGUGGUCCACAGUCCCGCCCUGGCCAACCGUGCACACACCCACCCUCUCACACACGCCCACACACACUCUCACACACAGUACCGCAACACCUGGCGGCGUCGGAAGAGGGACAGCUUACCAGUUAGCCUGAGCAGAUAAAAAGACAAAACAUCUCCCUUCAUCCCUCUUUCCACUCCUCCAUUCUGACUGAUUGGGAGGACAACUUGAUGGGACAAUGCCCCCUGCUGUUCAACUUAAAGACAGGCAGGCAGAGACCAGACCAGCAUUGGGAUUCAUUCAACACUUUGGGCUGCUGAACUUGGGCUGCGGAUAGGGAAAAAGGUGUAGCUCUGGGAACGUUCCGUUUCUCUCCCUCACUCCAUCGCUCUUCAUCUCUGCAUGUUUUUCACUGCGCAACGAACCAACGGCCAACGAUACAGGAAUGAGCGGUGCGGUUAGAGAACAAAACGCAACCCCCCCAACGUGCACUCUGACCCCAGAACUUUUCUGCUAGCUCUCCAGUCCUUCACUUUCUGUUUGGGAUCCACAUUUGUUUGUUUUAUUUUGUUCCGUUAAUGUCUUAUUGUUCAAUUUGAAUAUUUUUUUAGCGCUUUGCAGUUUUUCACUUACGUUUGGUGAGACUGAGGAUAGUGACAUCUUUGCCAGGUGAGAGUUGCGAAAGCCCAGUGUCUUAUGGGAAAGUGUUUAUUUUUGUUUGGUCUUUGACUGGGUUACGUUGUCAAGGCGACAACCUUUGUCCUUGAACCCUGCAGCCAAACUGCGUCUUUUUCAGUGUUCACACAAGGAACGACAGUUUCUCAUUUGUGCAAUAACAUGUUCUAUUUUUUAAGUAAAUGUUUAUUUAAUUUUUAUUAUGUAUGUAAAGGAAUUUGGUGUUUUUUUAAGAUUGUUUUAUUUUUGUAUUUUUAGUUUUUAUGGCAGAGUUUACAGAACCUUUGCCCAGGUGGCCUCCGAGUGUGUGACGAGAGCGUGCGUGUCAAUUGGUGAGCUGUGCGCGUCUUGUUCGAGGUAUAAUCGAC